UACGCUGACACAGAAGAAUGGCAUCAAGGUGGGUGCUGGCUCUCUGUGCAGCGUGGAGGAAGUUUGUUUAGCUGUCGGGGAGCUGAUUGGACAUGGCUCUAUCAAGUCUGCAGCUCAAAUGAUAUAUCAGAUGCUGCAGAUCUUCUCUCAGUCUGUUGUUGAGAGCGUAUGUUUUUUGCCACCAUCUGUUGGGGCAGAGGCAUCAGAGCCAGGAACAUAAAAAGGUUCAAUAACCUGAUAAAGAAAGCUAGUUCUGUUCUGUGGCACCUCUGAAGAUUAUUAUGCAAAGAAGGAUUCUUCAUAGAAUCAAGAAAAUUAUGGACAACCCUGGUCAUCCUCUUCAUGAGACUGUCUUGGAAAAACAGUGUCUACAGUCAGAAGCUUUUUCAGAUUUGCUCUAAUACAGACUGCUACAAGAGAUCUUUCCUGCCAUUAGCUAUACCUACAAUAACUCUCUGAAGAAAAUGAAUUAAUAUGAGUAACAACAACAUUUAUUUCUCCUUUGGAAUCAAUAAAGCAUUUUUGAAUUUGAAUUUUAUUCAUAGUUUCCUGUAGUCAGUGUCACUGAUCUAACAAUGUCUUUUUAAGGCAUUAAAAACAAGUUUUAAUGCAUAACCCAUUAAAAAAAUACCUCAUGAACAUUGAUUCAGUGUCUCUCAAUACAAGUUAUGCAUUAUGUAAAUUAUAACUUACAGUAUCUUGUUUUAUUUUUAAACCCUUUUUGGACUUGCCAUGUUCUGGAUAACUAAGAACAAGUAGGUAGAAAUAAAUAUCUGGGAAGUAUUACUUAAACUUAAGGCUCAAAGCACGAGGAGUGUCUUUAGAAAAAUGUUCAGAUUUAAUUUUGUGGUUUUAAAGGCUGUUCGUUAACGAUGGUAAGAAAUAAAGGCCUGCUGUCUUUUCUAUCUGUCAGUUGCUAUGCUCUCUCUCUCCUCUGGUCUCAAUGUGUUAUGAGACAGAUAAUCUGUGAAAACAUCAAGCUCUUCCGAUCACAGCGGACGCGCGUCCAGAUAUAGUGCAGACGCUGAUUCCGCUGCGCGCGCGCGUAUGUGAUACUUCGUUAGAAUCUUCUCCUCCCUCCCUUCGGUUCUACUACAUCUCCUUGAUUGCAGCAGGAAAAUGAAGCAACACAGAAACAUUUGCAGUUCAUUCGUGAUUCGAGCAGCAGGUUUAGGACGCUGCCCGAGAGGCGAACCUCUGAGCUCCGACGCCAUUGGGUGGAGGAAAACUGGGAUGCGCUUUCUGAGCAGAUUGUCGCCUGGCUGUGUGGACGCCCUCUGAAAAUGGUGUAGCCUAUAAUAAUAAUCCCGGCGCAGGCAGGCCGCUUCUGCUCCAAGGCGAUGUGUGACGGAAGGGAAAAUUGGGCUUUUUCUUCUUACACCGGACGCUUCUGAGAUGAGGGAUAAAAAGAGGAGGAAGAAGAAAUUGGCGUUUGAUUUUUAGGUUCGGAUUACAGCACACCGACAUGGAUUCUAUUUAGGAGUAGUUUUCUAUUAUUAUUAUUGUUAUUAUUAUUUAUGAUUUUCAUUCAAACCCUUUUUUGUGGGGGCGAGCAAGGAGCGAUGAUUUGAUGCGGGAGAUACGCCACAUUCAUGGCGAACACAACAGAGUUCGGGGAGAGCAGCGCGUCCUUCCACAGCUAUGCAUCCACGGCCUCUGCGGUCAAGCUGGCCUCCCUGGGGCUGAUCAUGGGCGCGAGUCUGCUGGGCAACGCGUCGCUGUCGCUGCUGCUGCUGAAGGACAGUUCGCUGCACAAGGCUCCCUACUACUUCUUGCUGGACCUGUGCCUGGCCGACGUGCUGCGCUCGGCCGUCUGCUUCCCCUUCGUGAUGGCGUCUAUCGGAGCCGGUUCCGACUGGCCGUAUGGCGCGCUCAGCUGCAAAAUUGUCGCCUUCAUGUCGGUGCUCUUCUGCUUCCACGUCGCCUUCCUGCUUUUCUGCGUCAGCGUCACCCGCUAUAUGGCGAUCGCCCAUCACCGCUUCUACUCCAAGCGCAUGAACCUGUGCACGUGCGUGGCGGUCAUCUGCAUGGUGUGGACCCUGUCCGUGGCCAUGGCCUUCCCGCCAGUGUUCGACGUGGGCACCUACAAGUUCGUGCCCGAGGAGGAGCAGUGCACGUUCGAGCACCGCUACGUCAAGUCCAACGACACGCUGGGCUUCAUGCUGAUGCUCGUGGUCAUUGUGGGCACCACACACGUGGUUUACGUGAAGAUGCUGUGCUUCGUAUACGACCACCGCAAGAUGAAGCCGGCCCAACUGGUACCGGCCAUCAGCCAGAACUGGACCUUCCAUGGGCCCGGAGCCACCGGGCAAGCCGCAGCCAAUUGGAUCGCUGGCUUCGGGCGUGGGCCGACGCCGCCUACGCUAGUGGGCAUCCGGCAGGCGUCGUACCCUGGCAACAGGAGGCUGCUGGUGCUGGACGAGUUUAAGACGGAGAAGCGCAUCGGGAAGAUGUACUUCCUGAUCACGCUGGCCUUCCUCGUUCUGUGGGCGCCUUACAUUAGCGCGUGCUACCUGAGGAUAUUCGUGCGAGGGGCUCCCAUCCCGGAGCUUCACCUGACAGCCGCGGUGUGGAUGAGCUUCGCCCAGGCGGGUGCCAACCCCAUCAUCAGCUUCAUGUUCAAUAAGGAGCUACGGGUUAGACUCAGAGCCUGCUUUUCCUGCUGCCUGGGAACACAGACACCUAUGGAACCAUACUGUAUCAUAUGAACCCCUAGGCCCCGCUCCCCAAAUAUACAGCCAAAGACUGACAUUUAUGCACUGUAAAAACUGCUGACUCAAAAUGAACCGGAUGUGUAAGUUUGCUCAAACAGGGACUUUGUUUGGGUUAUUUGACCAGCUUACACUGAUCAAAACAAACUGGUAUGGUUUAACUAAUAAAAGUGGUCUGUAUACAUUUUAUCUGGGAAGAUUUUAAUCUAAAGUCUAUAAGUUUAAUACGUAAAAUUCUAAUAAAUUUAAUAAUACCAGUUUUGAACAUGUUUAAAAAUUCAGUCAGAUAAAUAAGGUUCAUGUUGCUAAGCUGUCUUUUUACUCCCAAGUUAAAAAGAAACGGUUUGUAAUUAUGACACCAUGUUAUUAAUAUGAAAUAGCUACAUAACCAGAGUGUGACAACUUUAUGGGAAAACCAGAAUUUUUUGUUAAUGUUUACAAAAUUCCCUUGAAAGAAUCUGAUCAGUGUAGAAAAGUCCAAUCCAUGUUUGAUAACUCCAGUUAUUUAAGACUUUUGUCAAAAUAGUGGAUUCUAACGGUGAUAACGUUUGAAAAUGUUUCCUUUUGUUUUUUCACCGAUAUGACAUUUUUACAAAUGUCCAACUGGUCAGGUUCAGAUUUCACCACUCUACAUAUUAUAGGGCUUUUUCUCACCUAUAUUUUCUUAGGUUUUGUCCAAGUCAGUUGAGUUUCUUCGCUUGUAACUUUCUCCUUUUGUUCAGUUUCUCCGGGCACUCAAAGUGAAAACCAUAGUCUGAUCAUUGGUCAGUUGUGUCUGUGGCAGGAGUAUGAAAUGUAAACACAGGAAGCAUAUUUUGUGUGCUGAGCUUAUAGAAAAUACAGAUAAUUUAAUCUUAUCAGUAGUGUGUUUCUGGGUAUUUCAGGGGCAGUGGCCCAAGGCUCUGAUUUUUGAGGGCCGCCCAAAGAUUUUUCUUAACUUUUUUCUUUUUUUAAAAAAAUAAAUAAAAAAUACAUGCUUUGCAAACAUUGCACUUGAUACAAAACUCACAAGCUGCUACCAGGGGAGUUGUACUAAUGUUUUUGGAUUUUUUAUUAAUAUAAACAAUAUUCAAGUGUUUGAAAAGGGGAUUUAGUAGAUUUCUUUGGAAACAGCAUGAAAGUAUUGGCAGGGGAUAUAUUAAAUCUACCAUUCAUCAAUUCAAACCUGCUCAUUUGUUGGCUAUGUAUUAAUGUUCUAUAAUUUGCAUUAGUGAAACUAAUUUUCUGUUGUCAAUAGAGCACCAUAACUAAAUCCAGCCCAGGGCCCACAUCCUUGUAAAUCCAGCCCUGUCUACAGAAUAAUUUUGAGAAUACAUCUUGAAAAUUGCAUAGUUCUAUGCUUUACGAAGAAAAAAAUGUUUAGCCAAUUUUUCAAAACUAGGUCUCUAGUGCAAAGUAAAGUCAAUAAAACACCAAUUAACUGAAAUUAAUGUCAUUAUACCAUGUAACUUUUCCAUCUUAACAUUUUUUACUUUAUGCUGGAGAAGAAGUGACAUCUCAUUAGGUCAUUCAAAAUGUAAAAAAUGGUGAAGAAUGAUGCUGUUCCUUCUGCUCUCUUUGCAGACAAAAACUGUGGGUUUUUGAGGGGUUUUGCCUGAUGUUUGAUUAAAAAAAACUACUCAAGUUUUCUCCCAGCAGCAUAAAACCGACAUUUGAAUAAUAAAAAAAUAACCCAGCAGUUCUUGUGUAACAGCUUAGCUGUUACAGAACGUGUUCUCAAUAUGCCCUAAACACAGGAAAGGAUGGGCUGUGAAAAUUAUGGGGAAGGAAAACUUUUAGUAUUGCUACAUUUUUAAUUUUGGCCAAACCUUUUACUCAUAUUAAUCCUAAAAUAUUUAUUAUACUGUAUACUAACCCUACACUUUAACUUUAAAAUUCAGCUUAGCAAUAAAGGUAGCAACAAAGGACCUGUGUGACGCAACAUUAUGUGGAAGGACACCAUGAGUUAAUUUAUAUUUUAUGCAUGUAGAUUAUGAUGUUUCAGGACAAGUGUUCCUUGGCUGGAUUUUGAUUUGCUCCACAACAACACAUGCCACUGUCUUUUGGCUACAUUCUGAAAUGAUUUCCCAUGACUUGAAACAAGCACUGUUAAAAAGCCAGAGGCUAAGGCAUGAGUCGACUUCUCAAGAGCCUAGGAGAUGCUAACAGUUGUAAUUUAAUGUUGUUUUUCUUUUGUGUGUUUAAGGUAGUUUUAGAAAACUAUCUGCUACAACUUCAGGGCAGCUCUGUGGCGCCAACUUUGUCAUCCGUGACAGAAUUUGUUUUACAUUUGAAUACCCAGCAUAAGGUGCAGAGCUUGUUUUUUGUGAAUGAAUACAAUAUACAAUAUACUGCUGUAAAUACUGUAAAUCCCCAUCAUCAUUCUUUUCUAACCUUAUUUCAAGCUGUCAGUUUAAAUAUGUUGUUUAUUCCAUCAUCUAAUCUUUGUGUAGAGCAAAGUAUUCAAACUCGCUUUGAAAAUACUCUUUCAUCAGUUGCGUCAAGAGACUGGUUGAUUUACACUGGUUGCAAUCAGACACACACUCCAGUCAACGUCCCUUUUUCCAUAGAUGUGUCUGAGACUCUGAACAAUUUAGUGCUUUGAAAACAACUUUGCAUUUCCUAGCAAAUAAAUAGAAAAGAUACAAUUUUUGGGCUUUGUUGUCAACUGUGUUUGAAGUCUUUCUGAACAGUUUCUGUAUAUUGUAUGGUCAUUAUUCUUUCAUCAGCUGA